AUGGGAGGCGCUGGCGCUACUUCCGAGGCCAUCAGCAAAAGCGGCGUUGUCGCUAGCAUGCUCGAAAACCUCAAUGGGCUCCAUGGGCCGCCUUAUAAGCCUACUGGAAACAAUGACAGGGAUUCCCAGGUCUUGCGCGAGCGUCUGUUCGCUUACAACAAGACGCGCUUCUUCGAAGAGUUCUCGUACCCGUACCAGAGGAGUCAAACCCGUCCUGAACGUUGGGACCGAAAAACCGAGGUCAUCGGAAAGGAUGGGUUUGUCAGCUUCCCCGUGGAAGAAUCGAACAACGUUCGCUGGUAUGUCGAAAACCGCAUUCUUCAAGGAUCGGAUCUUCCUGAAGCAGAGAAGAACAACUUUAAGGCCGACGUCGGGGACAUGGUUCAAUCUCUCAUCAUGACGGAUGGCUACGGUUGGCAGGCAGAUGAGUUUGUGCGCACGUAUAGCGAUUUAAGGGUUGAGGGCAUGAUCAUCUGGGACGUGAUCAGCGCGCCAGACCCUUCGGGAAACAAUCCAACCUCUCAGCGUCUCAUGGUCUUGCAUUAUGUAGGCGCUGGGUACUAUCGACGGAAGUAA